CAUGGGGAAAGGUGGAUGCCUUGGACAGGAGUCCUGUGUAGCGCAGUUGCCCAGCACACAGGUACUGAAGAAAUGUUCUGUUAAUAAACUGCCCAAACACUAAAGGAAGAGUUUUCUUAGCUGUUUUGGAAGGAAGGAUGUCGUAGAACAUUUACUACAGAUGGGUGCUAAUGUCCAUGCUCGUGAUGAUGGAGGUCUCAUCCCACUUCAUAAUGCCUGCUCUUUUGGCCAUGCUGAGGUUGUGAGUCUGUUACUGUGCCAAGGGGCUGAUCCAAAUGCCAGGGAUAACUGGAACUAUACCCCUCUGCAUGAAGCUGCUAUUAAAGGGAAAAUCGAUGUAUGUAUCGUGCUGCUGCAGCACGGAGCUGAUCCAAACAUUCGGAACACUGAUGGGAAAUCAGCCCUGGACCUGGCCGAUCCUUCAGCAAAAGCUGUUCUGACAGGUGAAUACAAGAAAGACGAACUCCUAGAAGCUGCUAGGAGUGGUAAUGAAGAAAAACUAAUGGCUUUACUGACUCCUCUAAAUGUGAAUUGCCAUGCAAGUGAUGGACGAAAGUCUACUCCCUUACAUCUAGCCGCAGGCUACAACAGAGUCCGGAUAGUUCAGCUGCUGCUUCAGCAUGGUGCUGAUGUUCAUGCAAAAGACAAAGGUGGACUUGUGCCUCUUCAUAAUGCAUGUUCAUAUGGACAUUAUGAAGUCACAGAACUGCUACUAAAGCACGGAGCCUGUGUUAACGCUAUGGAUCUCUGGCAGUUUACUCCACUCCAUGAGGCUGCUUCCAAGAACCGCGUAGAAGUCUGCUCGUUGUUGCUUAGCCACGGUGCUGACCCGACGUUGGUCAAUUGCCAUGGGAAAAGUGCUGUGGAUAUGGCUCCAACUCCUGAGCUCCGGGAGAGAUUGACCUAUGAAUUUAAAGGUCAUUCUUUACUACAAGCAGCCAGAGAAGCAGACCUAGCCAAAGUUAAAAAAACACUUGCCUUGGAAAUCAUUAAUUUCAAACAACCACAGUCUCAUGAAACUGCACUGCACUGUGCUGUGGCCUCCCUGCAUCCCAAACGAAAACAAGUGACAGAAUUGUUACUUAGAAAAGGAGCAAAUGUUAAUGAAAAAAAUAAAGAUUUCAUGACCCCACUGCAUGUUGCAGCAGAAAGAGCUCACAAUGAUGUCAUGGAAGUUCUGCAUAAGCACGGAGCAAAGAUGAAUGCACUGGACACUCUUGGUCAGACUGCUUUGCAUAGAGCAGCCCUAGCAGGUCACCUGCAGACCUGCCGCCUCUUGCUGAGUUAUGGCUCCGAUCCCUCCAUCAUCUCCUUACAAGGCUUUACAGCAGCUCAGAUGGGAAAUGAAGCAGUGCAGCAGAUUCUGAGUGAAAGUACACCUAUACGUACUUCUGAUGUUGACUAUCGACUCUUAGAGGCAUCUAAAGCUGGAGACUUGGAAACUGUGAAGCAACUUUGCAGCCCUCAAAAUGUGAAUUGCAGAGAUUUAGAGGGCCGGCAUUCCACACCCUUACACUUUGCGGCAGGCUAUAAUCGUGUGUCUGUUGUGGAGUACCUUCUACACCACGGUGCUGACGUCCACGCCAAAGAUAAAGGUGGCUUGGUGCCCCUUCAUAAUGCUUGUUCAUAUGGACACUAUGAGGUGGCUGAGCUUUUAGUGAGGCAUGGGGCUUCUGUCAAUGUCGCAGACUUGUGGAAAUUUACCCCUCUCCAUGAAGCAGCUGCUAAAGGAAAAUACGAAAUCUGCAAGCUCCUUUUAAAACAUGGAGCAGAUCCAACUAAAAAGAACAGAGAUGGAAAUACACCUUUAGAUUUGGUUAAAGAAGGAGACACAGAUAUCCAGGACUUACUGAGAGGAGAUGCCGCCUUGUUGGAUGCUGCCAAGAAGGGCUGCCUGGCAAGAGUGCAGAAGCUCUGUACCCCAGAGAAUAUCAACUGCAGGGACACCCAGGGCAGGAACUCAACCCCUCUGCACCUGGCAGCUGGCUACAAUAACCUGGAAGUAGCCGAGUAUCUUCUAGAACAUGGAGCAGAUGUCAAUGCCCAAGACAAAGGUGGCUUAAUUCCUCUUCAUAAUGCAGCGUCCUAUGGGCAUGUGGACAUAGCAGCAUUAUUGAUAAAAUACAACACAUGUGUAAAUGCAACAGAUAAGUGGGCAUUUACUCCUCUUCAUGAAGCAGCCCAAAAAGGAAGGACCCAGUUAUGUGCCCUCCUCCUAGCGCAUGGAGCAGAUCCAACUAUGAAGAACCAAGAAGGUCAGACACCGUUAGAUCUGGCAACAGCCGACGAUAUCAGAGCUUUGCUGAUAGAUGCCAUGCCCCCGGAGGCCUUACCUACCUGUUUUAAACCUCAGGCUACCGUAGUGAGUGCCUCUCUGAUCUCACCGGCAUCCACCCCCUCCUGCCUGUCCGCUGCCAGCAGCAUAGAUAACCUCACCGUCCCCUUAGCGGACUUGGCAGUAGGGGGAGCAUCCAACACGGGGGAUGGCGCAGCGGGCACAGAACGGAAGGAAGGAGAAGUUGCGGGUCUUGACAUGAAUAUCAGCCAAUUUCUAAAAAGCCUUGGUCUUGAACAUCUUCGGGACAUCUUUGAAACAGAACAGAUUACGCUAGAUGUAUUAGCUGAUAUGGGUCAUGAAGAGUUGAAAGAAAUAGGCAUCAAUGCAUAUGGACACCGCCAUAAACUAAUCAAAGGAGUAGAAAGACUCUUAGGUGGACAACAAGGCACCAACCCUUAUUUGACUUUUCACUGUGUUAAUCAGGGAACUAUUUUACUGGAUCUUGCUCCAGAGGAUAAGGAAUAUCAGUCAGUAGAAGAAGAGAUGCAAAGUACAAUUCGAGAACACAGAGAUGGUGGUAAUGCCGGCGGCAUCUUCAACAGAUACAAUGUCAUUCGAAUUCAGAAAGUUGUCAACAAGAAGUUGAGGGAACGAUUCUGUCACAGACAAAAGGAAGUGUCUGAAGAGAAUCACAACCAUCACAACGAGCGCAUGUUGUUUCACGGUUCUCCUUUCAUUAAUGCCAUCAUUCAUAAAGGGUUUGAUGAGCGACAUGCAUACAUAGGAGGAAUGUUUGGGGCUGGGAUUUAUUUUGCUGAAAACUCCUCUAAAAGCAACCAGUAUGUAUAUGGUAUUGGAGGAGGAACAGGCUGCCCCACGCACAAAGAUCGGUCAUGUUAUAUAUGUCACAGGCAAAUGCUUUUCUGUCGAGUGACCCUUGGAAAAUCCUUUCUGCAAUUCAGCACCAUGAAAAUGGCUCAUGCACCGCCAGGACAUCACUCAGUUAUUGGGAGACCAAGUGUGAACGGGCUGGCAUACGCCGAAUAUGUUAUCUACAGAGGAGAACAGGCCUACCCAGAGUAUCUCAUCACAUACCAGAUCAUGAAGCCGGAAGCUCCUUCACAGACGGCAACAGCCGCAGAGCAGAAAACCUAGUGAAUGCCCACCGGUAAAGGCCCGAUCGGAUUAAACCGGGGACUGGACUAUCACGGACUGUCUCCUGCAAAACCAAUAUUCUAUAAAUCCCUGACAGCCUAGAAUAAGCUGUUUGUCUUUCUGAAGCAUUGCUCUAGUGAUGAGUAUCGUAUGAGUAACUGAUACAUGCUCAACUGCUGCUGUUCCCUUUGAGGAAAUGUUUACAGGGGCGGCCUUUUAAUAAAUCUCAGGCUCACUUUCAUUGCAGUUUUCCAUUUCUAAAAUAAGAUUGCUUUGAUCUAGACUUGGAAAUGGAAAAAAAAAGAAAACAUAACCAGUAUGUUCUCAAAUGUUCACAGUUCACACACUACAUUUGCUUUGUUAUACCUGGCACGUGUAUAUAACAGGUGCGCAUACCCAGGCUCGUUUUUAGGUUUUUUAAACAUGUCGUUGGCUUUUUUUUUUUUUUUUGCUUACAUUGAUAAUGAGCCGGAACCUUCUUGAGGAUGUUUUGCACAAAGUCACACUGACUAAAAUCAUUAGCAAUGCAACCCAAGCUUCUGGCCGAGCAAGACUAGUUUCCACUAUUUUUUCACUUUGAUUUAUUUUAUAUGUGUACUUAUUAUAAACAUAACUUGAGGUGGAAAGGAAAAACAUCAGUGUUUAGUCCUAUCAGUUGGCCAGUCUUACAAGGGAAAGGCACAAACAUCAGCCGACUCGGAGCUCCCAGGUUCAGGGGCAGAGCUGGUGUGGGCCACUCGCUCUCCGGUACAAGCCUGCGUCCAAGGCGGUCAGGACAGCGCGGAGCCAGGAGCGCGCAGCCAGGGAGUGGUGUGGGCACGCUGCCAUCGAGCCUGGAGGGGAGACCCCUGGGACAGCUGAGGACGAGCCACUUCCUGUGCGAGGAGCAUGUGGUUCCGGCUGCUGCAGCAGAAAGGACCUCGGGGCUCUGCCAAGGAACGCCCUCAUUCAACCCGCACCACCAGAGUUGUCGCCCCCAAAAUCAGCUGCCUUAUUUCCAAAUUCAAAUUAUUGUACUUCAUGGGAGUCACAAAAAUGUUACUUUAUUGUUUCUCUAGGUUGGGAAACUAGGAUUUAACUCCUAUUUAGCAUAUAGAUAGGCACAAAUGCAAGAACUGUUUUGUUUACUGCAGAUUUGGGGUUUAUUUUGAGUGAGGUGCUUCAAACAGUUUAGAUAGGUCCUUGCACUAAAUUUUUGAAUGAUUCCUUCAAACAUCUUAAUAGACAAGGAGAACAAACACUUGAAACCAAAGCUCUUUUAGUUAUUUUUUUAAUGAAGGUGGAGAAGUACCACACUGUUACUUCAUGAAAUUAGUACUUCGUUUUGCUUGUUUUAAUCAACAUUUGCCAAGUGCACAUAGACACUUGUAGAAAACUAUCCAUUAUAGUUCUUACGCUUGCCCUUCUCACCUUAACUGGAUAUCGACUUGAGUGCAUUGAUUUUACUUGGACAUGCUGCGCACCUACUCAGCUUUGAAGCAAAAGGAGUAUGUGGUGGGAAAAAGGGGGAAACAGUAUGAUACGAACUUGCCAUUUCAAUUUAAAGCCCUGAAAACUAAUUUGUUUUUUAGUACACGCUGAUUAAGCUAUGACCUUCUUUGAUCACCUAAAGAAAAAUAGUUACAUGCAAAAAUUCUAGAAUAGGCUCUUAAAAUACACAUUUUGCUUUCUUUCUGGCUUGAGACCAUUGCUAGAACUAGGAACUGGGAACUAGUUUGAGUUUUAUAGCUGAAUCUUGCAUGGGUCCUCCAAAUUGAAUCAAGAAUUAGCCUCCAUUUUUGCUUCAGUUGACGUUUAGUGGCCCACGCUGGGUGUCCGUGUCCCGUCUGCGUGUUUCAUAGCACUAGAAUUCCAUGUGGAGCUUUGAAGUUGGAUCUUUGUGAAGAGGGCCUGUUUCCUCCUUUCCUUUUUGCUGUGUGACAAGGGGUCGAAGGAAUUGGCAUCUGUGUAGUUUUCAGUAGCUGUGAAAGUGUAUCUUACUUACCUCCCCACUUAGAUAUAGUUUAAAAUGGUAAACACAGCUGUGAUUUUUAGUUAAGUAAAAGGGUUAAUACGAUAUAGAUACCGAAAGCUUUAUAGCUUUUUUGAAAACAUAAGCCACUACCCGACUGGUUCUCUGGCGUUCCCAUCAUGCUAACUGGAUUACGGGUGUGCCCGUUUUAAACUUCAGCCUUACACUUGAGAAGUUGAACUGUGGUUCAGUAUUUAAUCUGCCCAUGUUGUGUAUCGUGUGUUCUGUGUGCCGAGUAAAGGUACCGUGUAAGGAAGACAUUUGCAGUGCUUCGUCUUGUAAUGAGUCAAGUAUAUAGUAGUCCUUGGAAGAAUGUGUACAUAUUACUCAUCUGCUAAAGAGAAUGGGUUCAUUGAUAUCUCAUAGGAACCAAAUACGUGUUUUCAAAACUUGAAAACCAAAGGUCAUCAUGAAUGCACUCAAAAUAGCAAAAGUCGAUUACAUUUGGAAUUUCCGACCUCAGCAGUGUGAAAACCCUUUGGGAUGUAAAGCACACCAUCGACUUAGGCCGAAGUCCAUUUCCGUCCUUACGUAUGUCCAUACAGACACUGGCAAGUCGAGGACUAGUGACAUGGCCUCGCCUGCGCUGGCCUCUGUUCCCCAGGCUGAGCGAGAGGGAGGAUCGAGCCCGCGGCAGCCCGACCCAAGCGCUCGCAUCAGGGGGCUCCCCGACGACGGUCCCAGCGGACUGGGAUGGGCUCCGUGGGUCCGGCCUGAGUUGCGUGCUCUGGACUGGACGCUCUCCUUCCGCUUGGCCUCCUGCCUUUCCCCCAGGUUGCUAGUCUGGAAUUAUAAUUAGCUCCAACAGUUACCUUUGACCCCACUCAUUUUCCUCCUUUCUUCAUUUUGGGUCUUGCAAAAGACUGUACUUCUCUGUUUCCACGUCACAACCAGAACCAGGUGUUAGGCCUCACGUGCUCUGCUCAGGAGAGUUGCCACUUGACUGACAAACAACAGCAUGGAACCCAGAGUUUUCAUUCUAUGCAAAAUAGUAGCAAUAUAACCAGGACUUCAUCCACCUUUUCCUUUUUCAGUAACACAAGUAGAAUAAACAAUACUAGGACGUUUUCAUGGAACAGCAUUCUGUCUUCAUUUGAGAUUGAUGUCAGUGGCCGACCAGUUUCCCUUUGCUCUCAGAAUAGCGCAGCGCACUGAUACCUACAGAGAAAUCCUGGUCGGGGCAAGCGAAGUAAUCUAGGUGAAUAUUCUAUUAUAGCCUUAAACAGAAACGUGGGUGUCUGGAAGAACAGCGCCAGAAUGCAGUGAGCUGUCUAGGUUUUUCCGUUUCGCUACAUCUCCCGGAUGCGCCCUGGAUUUCUGUGACCGUCUCUGAAACAGGAAAGUGUGUGUUUCAAAGCACCUUUUCCCCAGUGUGUCCCGAUCCCAUUUGUAUGAUAAUCUGUGAGAACAGCCUUCUUACCAAAAAUGCCCAUGGUGUGACCAUUUUCUUUUGAGCUGUUUGUUAUCUUGCAUAGUGAAAAGGAUUUCAGUCAUUCAGAGAACACUAAACACUGACAUUAAUAUAGGGUUUCAUGUGUCAAAUGUAUUUCAAGACUAAAACUAACCUUGUUUGAUGUCAAAUCAGUGACAGAGGAAUAAAAAGAAAGUAAUUGUGAAGAUAAUGUUUGCGCUUCCGUUGGACACAUCUAGCAUAUGACAAGGAAAUGCAUUUCUUUAAAACCACCCUUAAAAGUGAGGCUUCUUCAGACACUGGAUUUUGAAAUUAAUAGACAAAUAUUCUUCUUAAGAAAGCCUUAACUAUGGCAGAAACUUUUAAACCUUUGAUGUCCUAAUAAAAAGUUGCAAUUCCAUUUCUUAGUGUCUGAAAGGUGUUGGUGAGCCGGGUGUGUCAUGUAUUUCACACCUGUUGUGCUGAUUCCAUGAGGGUGUUAUUCGUAAGUAGGCCCCUUACGUGCAGAGGAGCUGAUAGAAUCAGCCCAGUUCCGUUUCUGUCUGAAACUCCCCAGCUACCAGUCACCUGGUUUGCAGAAAUGCAAGAAAGGUUUCAAAGCCAUACCCUGUAGAAUUUGACUGUUGCACAAGCUGUUUUUUAAUCAUUUUAAAAUACAAACCAUGGUGAUAAGUGAAAAGCAGUAGGAAGCUGAAGAUUUUCUAUACUUUCUAAAACCAAACGUGCUCAUGAUGUGACAGGUCUGUACAUCUGCGGGGGUUCUGCCGCCUCUGAAAUGACACUCACUGGAGAGUUGACUGCAUUUGGGAUCUUCAUUCUCACAUUUCCUUUUCUGUUUCACACUCAUCUCCGCACCCUCCCUGCCACCCAGGUUUCACAGGUGUCUCCUCUAGAAUCCACAUUGUUUUGCUACUUUUUUUUUUUUUUGCCCAUUUCUGCAGACAACCCUGAAAGUGUUUGCUGAGAAGUGGUUACACUCUGAUAAUGGGGUGUCCCUUACACACUCCUGUGUCCCUCCCAAGAUUCAGGAUAAAUGAGCUAGAAAACACAACAGUAAAAAUGAGAAAGGAACCAAAAUCUUCGAGGCUGAGAGCCUAGACCUAGAAGAUGACCUUGACUAUAUAACCCUUGUAUUCAUUACACAAAAUAUUUAAACUCUUCAUGUGCAUAUACAAUGCCUGCUUCUGCUUCCAUUGUUUCAAGUUCAUCCUAUCCUGUCUUUGUGAUAGUAGUGUUUGUCUUUGAUACCUACAGACUAAAAGGUACUUUUAUCAGCAAGUUUUCUCAAAAACAUUUACAAAACCAGCCUGGGGGACAUCUAGAAUGUUUCCUGGCAACAGCGUUUGGCGUAGUGCUUGUAUUAUCUCACUGUGUUGUGGUCCAUGUGGUAACCAUGUAGUGCCUCUGGCUCAUUGCUGGUGUUUUUGUUUCAGUCUGUAUGACUCACCAGUGGCGGGGUUCAGUCCCCUCCCCCUUUCUUUUCUGCAUUCGUCUAUUUGUAGGAUUGCCAGAUAGAGUGCAAGACACCCAGUUAAAUUUGAAUUUCAGGUAAAUUUUUUAGCUUAACUGUGUUUCGUGCAUUAUUUGCCAUAUAUUUACAAUUAAAAAAUUCUUAAUUAUUUAUGUGAAAUUCAAACCUAACUGAGCAUCCUGGUUUUUUGCUUUGUGUUAUUUUAUUUCACUGAAUCUGGCAACCCUCUCGAUCUGGUCAUGGAAAAUGGCUUACAGCAUGUAAUUCUUCUAGUCUUCACUGUCUUUCACAUGGAAUGGGAGACCUUUUCUCUGUCACCCUCUACUUUCCAAAAGAGGGCAGCGAGGAACUUGACCUACCUGCACGGUAGGUUCCUAUUUAAGGCAUCUUUACGAUUAUAUUUAACCUGUAAUUGUGCUUUGGCUAAAUGUCUAACUUACAAUACUUGUAAUUGUUUAAUAUUCAAUAAAAACAUUUUUAAAGUA